CCAAGAAGUGGUGUAAAUUAGAUGUGGAUACUUAAAGAUUCCAACGAACUUUUAGACAAUUGAAAACAUUUUACUCUUACGCCGUAACUAACACCAACACCGACACCAGGGAUAAAGAAUAAGCUCAUCAACACCUGAUAGCACCACAGUAUCUCAUGGAUUCGACAGCAAAUGUAUUCAGUUUACAGUGCCUAUUCCCACGUUGUUUUGAGAGAAUGGUCAAGAUGCACAGGAUGCAGUGUGGAAUAUUUGUUAGUUCUCUUUUCUUGAUUUUUAUUACCACGACAUAUUUCCAGCCCACCAUGGGUAAUGUUUUGAUGAGACGAGAUAACGACAAUUCUGAAUACACAAACGUUACCUUCGUGGAGAAAAGCUGUCUGGAUUUAUUUUCGUAUCCUAAAACGACAUUAGACAAUACGGACGAGGAAGGGAAAUUUUUCCUGGGAGAAAAUUUUUUCACCAGUUAUUGCAAAUACACUCAGGAACUCCUUGAUUGUGGAGAAGAACUUGGCAACGACCCAGAAUGUGCAUACGAGAGAGAUUAUCUUGCCAUUUUUACAACCCCAGAAACAAGCCUUUGUAUAAAUCCUAUAUACCCAAUGAUGCAAGACUUGCGACCAUGUCUUAACAGUAUAUACUUGAAACUUGAUAACUACUCAAAGAUAUUGCGACCCCUGAUGAAAUCUGUCGUGGACCACGAAAUCACAACGGAUGUGUCCAAAGAAUCUUUCUGCACAACAUAUGAUCAGAUUUUGGAUGAAACAGUCGAAGAAUUCAGAAGAUGUCCUGACAGCAACUUUCAGUGGACACCACAGAAAAUCAAACUUCUUCGGAAAAAUUACUAUCCAAUUGUAACUGCUAAAAUCCCUCCUUUCGAAUGCAACGAUUCUGAUUCUUGAAAACUCACAAGAGAAUUUAAAUAUCUUUAAAUAAAUAAAAUCAAUAUACUUGAGAA